CGCGCUGCAGCCCAGCUGGGCUCAGCCAAUCACCCGCGGCGCGCGUCGGUGAGCCUGGCCUCGCCCGCCCCGGCCCGGACUCCGCUCGCUCAUUCCGCCGCCGCCGUCUGCAGACUCGCGAAACCCUUCGAGGCACGGUGCCGGCUGGCUGUUUUGUUGUAUGCGACAGCUGUCCUCGGACAAAGCGGAUCGGUGACUCCGGGAUGGCAGCGGCGACGCGUCGCUCCGGAAGGCCUGCGUGGGCUCGGCCGGUGGAACAGGAUCCGAGCGCCCCGGACGCGCCAGCACGGGGGCGGGGCACCCGUAACCUUUCCCCUACUUUUCUCAGCCGUCACGUGACCCGGCUGGGUAGGGGAAGGGGCGGGGCGGGAAGCCGCUGUUGUUAGUGCCCUUCCCUUCCCCAGCGCCUUGAACUUGCAGUCUGGAUCUGCAGGCGGCUAGAGCCACGCGACUUUCCUGUACUUUGACCGUUUGAAGGUUUUUUUUUUUUUUUGGUUAGAAAAUAUGUUUAGUCACUCUUCAGUCACUCUUCAUAGAUAUUUACCGGUCACCACUCAAGAUGGCAGAGGCUCACCAAGCUGUGGCCUUCCAGUUCACAGUCACCCCUGAUGGCAUCGAUCUCCGCCUGAGCCAUGAAGCCCUCAAACAGAUCUGCCUGUCAGGGCUGCACUCCUGGAAGAAGAAGUUCAUCCGAUUCAAGAAUGGCAUCAUCACUGGUGUGUUCCCCGCGAGUCCCUCCAGCUGGCUUAUCGUGGUGGUGGGUGUGAUAUCAUCCAUGCAUACCAAAGUGGACCCCUCCCUGGGCAUGAUUGCAAAGAUCAAUCGGACCCUAGACACCACUGGCCGCAUGUCAAGCCAGACGAAGAACAUCGUGAGUGGCGUCCUCUUUGGCACAGGGCUCUGGGUGGCGAUCAUCAUGACUAUGCGCUACUCGCUGAAGGUGCUGCUCUCCUACCAUGGCUGGAUGUUUGCAGAGCACGGCAAAAUGAGCCGCAGCACCAGAAUCUGGAUGGCUAUGGUCAAGGUCUUCUCGGGUCGAAAGCCCAUGUUGUACAGCUUCCAGACGUCUCUGCCGCGCCUGCCUGUCCCAGCUGUCAAAGAUACCGUGAGCAGGUACCUGGAGUCUGUGAGGCCACUGAUGAAGGAGGGAGACUUCCAACGCAUGACAGCACUGGCCCAGGAUUUUGCUGUCAACCUUGGACCCAAAUUGCAGUGGUAUUUGAAGCUAAAAUCCUGGUGGGCCACAAAUUAUGUGAGUGACUGGUGGGAGGAAUACAUCUACCUGCGGGGCCGAGGGCCGAUCAUGGUUAACAGCAACUACUACGCCAUGGAGAUGCUCUACAUCACCCCAACCCAUAUUCAGGCAGCGAGAGCUGGCAACACCAUCCACGCCAUACUGCUGUAUCGUCGCACGGUAGACCGUGAGGAACUCAAACCUAUUCGUCUUCUGGGAUCUACAAUUCCCCUCUGCUCUGCUCAGUGGGAGCGACUCUUCAAUACUUCCCGCAUCCCUGGGGAGGAGACAGACACCAUCCAACACGUCAAGGACAGCAGGCACAUUGUCGUGUACCACAGAGGCCGUUACUUCAAGGUCUGGCUCUACCAUGACGGGAGGCUGCUGAGGCCCCGUGAGCUGGAGCAGCAGAUGCAGCAGAUCCUGGAUGACACCUCAGAGCCGCAGCCCGGGGAAGCCAAGCUUGCCGCCCUCACUGCCGCAGACAGAGUGCCCUGGGCGAAGUGUCGGCAGACCUAUUUUGCACGAGGAAAAAAUAAGCAAUCUCUGGAUGCGGUAGAAAAGGCAGCAUUCUUCGUGACGUUGGACGAAUCGGAACAGGGAUAUAGAGAGGAGGACCCUGAGGCAUCUAUUGACAGCUAUGCCAAAUCUCUGCUGCAUGGUAGAUGUUUCGACAGGUGGUUUGACAAGUCCAUCACCUUUGUUGUCUUCAAAAACAGCAAGAUAGGCAUAAACGCAGAGCAUUCCUGGGCGGACGCGCCCAUCGUGGGCCAUCUGUGGGAGUAUGUCAUGGCCACCGACGUCUUCCAGCUGGGCUACUCAGAGGAUGGACACUGUAAAGGAGACAAGAACCCCAACAUCCCCAAACCCACCAGGCUACAGUGGGACAUUCCAGGAGAAUGCCAGGAGGUCAUAGAGACAUCCCUAAGCAGUGCCAGUUUUUUGGCAAAUGAUGUGGACCUGCAUUCCUUCCCAUUUGACACCUUUGGCAAAGGCUUGAUCAAGAAGUGCCGGACGAGUCCCGAUGCCUUCAUCCAGCUGGCACUGCAGCUCGCACAUUACAAGGACAUGGGCAAGUUCUGCCUCACGUAUGAGGCUUCCAUGACUCGGCUCUUCCGAGAGGGGAGGACAGAGACUGUACGCUCCUGCACUACGGAGUCCUGCAACUUUGUGCUGGCCAUGAUGGACCCCACAACAACGGCAGAGCAGAGGUUCAAGCUGUUCAAGAUAGCUUGUGAAAAGCACCAGCACCUGUACCGCCUCGCCAUGACGGGCGCUGGCAUCGACCGCCACCUCUUCUGCCUCUAUGUGGUGUCCAAGUAUCUGGCAGUCGACUCACCUUUCCUGAAGGAGGUACUGUCUGAGCCAUGGAGGUUGUCCACGAGCCAGACUCCUCAGCAGCAGGUGGAACUGUUUGACUUUGAGAAAUACCCUGACUAUGUGUCCUGUGGCGGGGGCUUUGGGCCGGUUGCUGAUGACGGCUAUGGUGUUUCCUACAUUAUUGUGGGAGAGAAUUUCAUCCACUUCCAUAUUUCUUCCAAGUUCUCUAGCCCUGAGACAGACUCACACCGCUUUGGGAAGCACUUGAGACAAGCCAUGAUGGACAUUAUCACCUUGUUUGGCCUCACCGCCAAUUCCAAAAAGUAACUGUCGGAGCCGCACGGAAGGAAAAUGGACUCUAGUGAUACAAACCAAAUGAAUAGGUGUUGCUCCUGACCAUAGGACAGGCAGAAAAUUGUUCUUAUAAAACUCAGUUUUCCUUCCAGAAGGUUUACCGUCGGUCUCCCUAGAACAACCGUAGGCUCCACCGUUUGACUUGUGACCCUACUACAUCCAGAGAUGCCUUGGCUCCAGGAAUAUUGGGCACAGUCCCCCGAAGUCUUUUGAAUCGGCUCCUAAUGGAUAAAGGGAUUUAAAUGCUGGUGAAUCCCUGGAUUUUGGGGGUUGUAUCAAUAUGUGUUGGAGGUGACAGACUUCCUCAGUGGUGACCCUGUGGAUACUUGGGACUUGACUUCACCCAGGCAGUGAGAGCAUCACCUUGUGGAAAGAGAAAGUGGCUUCAGAGCCAGUGGAGGUAACAGCUCUAGCUAACACACCUGUAACACACUAAUGGAAUGGUUAGGCCUGGGGAUUAAGGUUCUGCUAUGAAUGACAGCCACCAUCGCUUUGGGAGUCCACAUUUGACUCCACAUUUCCUGGAAGCAGGAUACCACCUCCUCAGUGCCACCUUCGAAACCCAGUGCCUUAACGAUGGGAGCCCAUUGGCAAGUGGGGCCAUAGAGAAGGCUUAGCAUGUGAAGCCUUUGGGUGGAUAUGUGAGGGUGCUGCUUCCCCUCACAAGUUCCUGCAUAGAGAUGUCCCUAAGUAAGCACUUCCCCCACCCUAGAAGAUGAGGUCCCUGGUGGAGGGAGCGAUGCAGAAUCUCAUUGGCCACCAGUUCCAUUAAGCAACAAAAUAACAGAUGUGUCCACAGAGGGAAGUGAGGGGCUUGGUAGUCAAAGGCUACCAAGUUGGACACCAGCUGGAGAGUGUGGCAGCCAUUGGCAAGGAGAGUGAGACCCUGGUCACUGAGUCAGGCAUACUGACACAGGCAGCCAAAGCCUUGUCAUGGCAGCCAGGAGAUAGAGAUCCUGGCAGAUACACCAACGGGCUCAUCUUCUAAUCCCACCCAGUCAGAUUCCAACCAGAGCAAAUUCGAUAGAAGGCUAGGUCAUUUUGGUGACAGACUCGGGGGUCUCAAGUAAUGGGUGCUUUGUACCCAAAUACCAUCCCUCUGUGAGAGUGCCUUUCUUGACAACAUCCAAUAGACUGUAAAGCAACUCCGUUUGGUAUUCCAUGUAAACAUAGCAUAAUGGAGUGGCCUCCCCUACCUGUUACCAUCCUGUCCUGACAAGUUUAGCUCUUCGUGUUUUAAAUCAUGUAUUUAUUUUCCAGUGCCCCUUUGGCCUUGCUUGAUUCCUACUCGUGUGCUAGCUGUAACAGAAGUGAGGGUGGGGUGGCCAGAAGUACAGAGAGGUGCUGGCUGAACAGCUCAUGCGUGUUUUAUAAGUAUCCAUGAAUACAAAAAAAAGAAUCACACCUACAAGGGCCAAAGUUUUUUUCCUACUAAAAACAAGAAAACAAAAGGCAACAUAAAUAUAUAGCAGAGACAACUGUAAGUCAAAGCCGCCUGACCGCGCUCUUAGGACUACUUGCUAACCUCUGUUACUCGGAGUAUUCCUGCUAGUACCCAAGUGUGACAUUCCUCUCUCAGGUCUCCAGUGUCCUUCCUUGCUGCUCCUGAGCAGUUACCAAUGCAAUUUUUUACUCCUUCCAAGGCAGAAGAGUGGGCUUUCACUGUAAGUGUUCAAAGGAGGAGGUAAGACUACUAUGUAUUUAAUGUGGAACAAAACAUAGUCUUACCGCAGCCAAGGUUCGAAUUUGGUUUUCUAAUCUGUCCAUUGCAUGUAAAUACCAUAUGCUGUUUGGAUAUAAAUCUUAGAAAUGCAUGUGUGAACGAAUAUAGCUGACCAUUAAUAAAACAUUAAUCCCGCCUACUACA